ACCACAUUUCAGGAAAUAGGCUGCGGCGGGCAAUUUAUCGAUGCACAAGGAAGUGUUGAUGUUAGAUUAUCCAAGUUUUGCAUAUUUUACCGAGCUGAGACGACGACAACAAAAUGAACAUUGAUAAUCAGCCUGUCACAACCGGGGGUUCGUCUUCAAAUUCAUCAGCAUCUAGUAAUCCUAUCUCAAACAGUAAUACAGCAACGAAUGUUAGUAGCAUCCCCCCGGUUGUAACUAACGCAUCAACCUCAGCUGCAAUGGCCACCUCGUCAUCUGACUCGUCUGUGUCCAACGGCGUCUAUGUUCCUAGUGGCAUUGCCAAUGGAGACGUGAAGUCUGUCAUUUCCACAACGCCCCUGGCUGACUUUCUAAUGCAGUUGGAGGACUACACUCCUACAAUUCCAGAUGCAGUGACGGGCUACUAUCUUAAUCGAGCUGGUUUUGAGGCAUCUGAUCCACGAAUAAUUCGUCUGAUCUCUCUUGCUGCUCAAAAGUUCAUCUCAGACAUCGCCAAUGAUGCCUUGCAGCACUGUAAGAUGAAAGGCACAGCCUCUGGAAGCUCCAGAAAUAAGACAAAGGAUAAGAAGUACACGUUGACAAUGGAGGACCUGUCUCCUGCCCUGUCCGAAUAUGGUAUAAAUGUCAAGAAACCUCAUUACUUUACAUAGUGUAUUGGCCUAUGCAAGAGACAUACCACGCUACUUUUCCUUCACAACCAAUUUGAGUUUGUGCUUUGUAGACACCACCAUUCAUAACGUUUUUUUAACAUGGUGCUCAAGAUCAACCAUUGAAAAUGACUUGCAUCACUUUUUCAUUUUCAGUUUAAAUGUAGGCUAGUUGGUUCUUGGUGUAGACUGGAGCAUGUUUUGCAUUGUGUGGAAUUUUAGUUUGUAAUAUUUUAUUUAGACCAAUAAACCUUAACAAAAUGUAAA